AUGGCCACCGCGGGCGGCCUCGCUUCCAGCUCCAGCCCGGCCGGAGAAGCGGAGCGGCCUCACCCGCGGCCCUUCCUGAUCGGGGUGAGCGGGGGCACCGCCAGCGGCAAGUCAACAGUCUGUGAGAAGAUCAUGGAACUGCUGGGUCAAAAUGAGGUGGAUCAUCGUCAACGCAAAGUUGUCAUUCUCAGCCAAGAUCGAUUCUACAAGGUCCUCACCCCAGAACAGAAAGCCAAAGCCUUAAAGGGACAAUAUAACUUUGACCAUCCAGAUGCUUUUGACAAUGAUUUGAUGGAAAUGACGCUGAAGAACAUCAUUGACGGCCAAGCGGUGGAGGUCCCGACGUACGAUUUUGUGACCCAUUCCAGAUUGCCUGAAACCACAAUGGUUUACCCUGCCGACGUGCUGCUGUUUGAAGGGAUCUUAGUCUUCUACAACCAAAACAUCCGGAAAAUGUUUCAUCUUCGGCUUUUUGUCGACACCGAUUCAGACGUCAGAUUGUCUCGGAGAGUUCUCCGCGAUAUGAAGCGAGGAAGGGAUUUGGAACAGAUUCUGACCCAAUAUACGAAGUUUGUCAAGCCUGCCUUUGAAGAGUUCUGUUUGCCGACCAAGAAAUAUGCGGAUGUCAUUAUCCCUCGAGGCGUGGAUAAUAUGGUGGCCAUCAACCUGAUCGUCCAGCACAUCCAGGACAUUCUCAGCGGGGACCUCUGCAAGUGGAACCGGGGGGGUGCCAUGAAUGGACACGGCCGUUCGUCCAAGAGGCCGUUCCCGGAACAAGCGGACAGCCUCCCCCUCCUGGCACCUGGAAAACGGUCGCACCUGGAAUCCAGCAGCCGCCCCCACUGACCGGUCGGGAAGCUUGGAACUCUCUUCCUGUCCAGCUGGACUUUGCAAAUGUUCUUGAGGGGGGGGGUGUUGUUAGCUUUUCUUCCUCCAAGAGUCCCUGAGCAAGCCCUGGUUUGUCGUGAAAUCCCAGAAUAAACUAUGUGGGUGAGUUUUCCCUUCCUCCUGCUUUUCCUUCUUCCCUAAAUGCCUUGCUUUCUUC